AUUUCCAGGUCAGUUCUCCUUGCCCAGGUUGGCAUUUCCAGGUGAGUUCUCCUUGCCCAGGUUGGCAUUUCCAGGUCAGUUUUCCUCAUGGCAAUUCCAGGUGAGUUCUCCUUGCCCAGCUGGGCUCACUGGUGCCACUUCAGCAGGAAUCCAAACUGGAAUAAUUUCUGUGACCCCAAACUUUCAAGGAUUCACAGGGGGGGCAUUUUUUCCAUCCCAAAAUCCAGCAUUAAAUCCUGAUUCUCCAGAAAUAAAAAGUUUAAAACUCCCCAGUCCUUUUUUAUCUGUUUGAAUCACCACCAGCCCAUCAGUGUUUUCAUAAUUAAUUGUUUAAUUAGAGAUGUUCUGCUGCUCUUUCAGGUACCUGAUUGAGGUUGAAGGCAUGGAGCCCAACGCUGCCAUAGAGUCAGAAAAAGCAGAAUUAUCUGGAGAUGGAGCAUCAGGAGCAGAGGAAACAGAAGAAGCUGGAGCAGAGAAAGCAGAAAAAAAUGGAAGAUCUGGAGAUGGAACAUACGGAGGAGAAGAAACAGAAAAAGCUGAAACAUCAGGAGCAGAAUCACCUGGAGCAGAGGAAACAGAAAAAACUGGAACAUCUGGAACAGAAUCAUCUGGAGAUGGAGCAUCAGGAGCAGAGGAAGCAGAAGGAACAGAAUCAUCUGGAGAUGGAGCAUCAGGAGAAAAGGAAGCAGAAAAAGCAGAAACAUCAGGAGCAGAAUCUGGAGCUGGAGCAGAGGAGGCAGAAAGAGCUGAAACAUCUGGAAAUGGAGCAUCAGGAGCAGAGGAAAGAGAGGAAACAGAAACAUCUGGAGCAGAAGCAGCAGAAUCAUCUGGAGCUGGAACAUCUGGAGAGGGAGCAUCAGGAGCAGAAGAAGCAAAAAAAGCUGAAACAUCUGGAGCAGAGGAAACAGAAAAAGCUGGAGCUCCAGGAGCAUCUUGAACAGAGGGAAGAGGAAAAGCUGGAACAUCAGGAGAUGGAACAUCAGGAGAUGGAGCAUCAGGAGAUGGAGCAUCAGGAGAUGGAGCUUCAGGAGAAAAGGAAGCAGAAAGAGCAGAAUCACCUGGAGCAGAGGAAGCCAAAAAAGCAGAAACAUCUGGAGCAGAAUCACCUGGAAACGGAGCAUCAGGAGCAGAGGAAGGAGAGGAAACAGAAACAUCUGGAGCAGAAAAAGCAAAACCACGUGGAGCAAAAUCAUCUGGGGAUGGAGCAGAACUGCUGCCUGUCCCCACCCCCCAAGAAGAAAAAGAAGAAGCAGCAGCAGGAGCUGUCCUGA